AUGUUACCUGAGUAUCUUCAGUUCAAUCCGUAUAUACGAACGGGCUAUCGACAUGGUUUAACUUUCAAAGGUUGUUUAGUCAGUUUAUUGUAUGUGAAUAACGAAUCGGUCAAUGUUUGGUCACAUUUGAUUGGUGCUGGUCUUUUCAUUUACUUCUUUUUUCACAAUAUUUGUAAAGCACAAGUUUUUCCAUCGAUAACAAAGACGACUGAUUAUUAUUUUAUACUAUUCUACACAAUUUGUGUCAUCGCAUGUAUGUUAUGUUCUGUGAAUUUUCAUCUGUUCAAUUGUAUCUCACCGCGAGCGUCUGCACACUUUCUCAAAUUAGAUCUCUGUGGUAUCGGUUGUGCUAUUCUCGGUUGUUAUAUAUGUGGUCUUCAUCUAACAUUUGAAUGCUUUCAAAACUGGCGAUUACGGUAUGAGACAAUGAUCAUUGGUGUCAUCAUAAUUGCUGUUAUUUACUACAUUCACGGAGUUAAACGAUACAUUACACAAAAUAAUCACGUUGCUUUGUUUAUCGUGAUCUCAUUGUCCGGUUUUAUUCCAAGUUUACAUUGGUAUUACCUAGAGGGUGGUUGGUCGAAUCCAUUCAUUCGACAUUUCUUUCCAAAGAUACUCAUUCUUUAUGGAAUAUUGACUAUUGGCGUGUUCGCUUAUUUGACAAAGUUUCCAGAGAGAUUAUUUCCAGGUUAUUUUGAUAUUUUGUUUUCGAGUCAUCAGAUUUGGCAUUUUGCAACGUUGGCUGCAUUCAUAUGGUGGUAUCACAAUUCUAUUGAGUUGAUGCAUUAUCGUCUGAUAAAUCCUUGUGAUACACAAUUCGAAUGA